CACAGAUGACAGGGCCCGGACCCAGUCUGUGCUGAUACCCUGGGAGGCCUCCAGGGAUGGAGAGUGGCCUGGCUGGCGACAGCCCAGGAGAUGGGCUGGUGAUGAAGAUCAAGCAGGAGAAGUCGGAGUGGCUGCUGCAGACACAGGUGCCGCAGGCCGUGCUCUCGGUGAGAGAUAAAGAGAACAUUUUCCAGCAGUGCCGGGGCCUCCCGCCAUGCCAGACCAUGGGGAGGCCUCGAGCCUUGGCAGCACAGGAGGACACUGGGGGUCCAAGGUGGGCCCCUCCCACUGAGCAGGAUGGGGGACUGGCCGGCCGGGCUCCCGGGGCAGUCCCCGGCCCCCUGAGUCCUGCGCUUUCGGCUGGCGAGGGCCACUUUGUGUGUCUGGACUGCGGGAAGAGGUUCAGCUGGUGGUCGUCCCUGAAGAUCCACCAGCGCACCCACACUGGGGAGAAGCCAUACCUCUGCGGCAAGUGCGGCAAGAGCUUCAGCCAGAAGCCGAACCUGGCGCGCCACCAGCGGCACCACACUGGCGAGCGGCCCUUCUGCUGCCCUGAGUGCGCGAGGCGCUUCAGCCAGAAGCAGCACCUGCUCAAGCACCAGAAGACCCACUCCCGGCCCGCCACCCACUCGUGCCCAGAGUGCGAGCGCUGCUUCCGCCACCAGGUGGGCCUCCGCAUCCACCAGCGCGCGCACGCCCGGGACCGCCAGAGCGCCCGCGCCAGCCUGCAGGAGCUGCUGCGCGACGCGGCGGCGCGGCGGGCCUCUCCCCUGCGGCCAGGGUCGCCGCGGGGUCACCCCGAGUGGGCCUGGCUGGGGCUGUGCCAGGGCUGGUGGGGCCAGCCCGGGACCCGGACCGCAGCGCCCGGCCCCUCAGGGCCCGGUGAGCAACGCCAGUUCAUCUGCAACGAGUGCGGCAAGAGCUUCACCUGGUGGUCAUCGCUGAACAUCCACCAGCGCAUCCACACGGGCGAGCGGCCCUACGCGUGCCCCGAGUGCGGCCGCUGCUUCAGCCAGAAGCCCAACCUCACGCGGCACCUGCGCAACCACACGGGCGAGCGCCCGCACCCGUGCGUGCACUGCGGCCGCAGCUUCCGCCAAAAGCAGCACCUGCUCAAGCACCUGCGCACGCACCUGCCCGGGGCCGCCGCCGCGCCGUGCCCCAGCUGCGGCAAGAGCUGCCCCAGCCGCGCGGCGCUGCGGGCCCAUCAGCGGGCGCACGCCGCCGAGCUGCUGCGCCCCGGGGAGCCGGGCUCCGAGCCGCCGGCCGAGGGCACCCCGGGCGUGGCCGCGCGGCCCCGCAGCCCCCAGCGGCCCCGCGGGGCGGGGAGCGUGCUGUGGGGCCGGGGGCGCGCGGGCCUGGCCGGGCCGGGCGAGCCGCGCCAGUUCAUCUGCAACGAGUGCGGCAAGAGCUUCUCGUGGUGGUCCGCUCUCACCAUCCACCAGCGCAUUCACACGGGCGAGCGGCCCUACGCGUGCCCCGAGUGCGGCCGCCGCUUCAGCCAGAAGCCCAACCUCACGAGGCACCGCCGCAACCACACCGGCGAGCGGCCCUACCUGUGCGCCGCCUGUGGCCGCGGCUUCAGCCAGAAGCAGCACCUGCUCAAGCACCAGCGCGUGCACCGCGGGGCCCUGGCCCCCAGCCCCAAGGAGGGGGCGCUCUAGUGCACCAGGACCCACGCAGACCCGUGGUGGUGGUGGGUGAUGUUUGCGGGGUGCGUGUAGGGAAUGGGGAUGCCCAGGAACGCCGGCUCUUAGACUCUCCUUGCCCUGGGUGAGACCAUAUCAAAAGGCGAUUUUCUUAAGGCUCUGAAGGCCUGAGAACAGAAUUCCAGAAGCAUCCCAAAGGGUGCCCAGAAAGGGGCGUAGGUCGUGCUAAGGGGAUGGACGGAGGAGAUAAGAUCGACAUCCUCACCCCGGAGCCUGGAUGUGUCCGUGAUGGCAGGGUACCGUGUUUAUACAUCCUGAGAGGUGGGACCCCAGGCCUCAGGCAUGGAGUGAGGGAGCUGUUGGGGACUCUGGGAGAGGCUCCUGGUGUGAAGUGGCCCAGGUCUGGACUGGUCAGCUGCAGUACCAGCCUGUCACACUCAGGCUGCAGGAUGGCCAUGGGCUGUCACUAUGGUAAAGUCACAGCAAACUCACAGAUAACCAAGGAUGGAAGCCAAAGGCUGUGUCCAGGGAGGGCCACGUGUAUCCCCAGCACCAGGGACAGUGCCAGCACUUCAUGGCCUUUCAAUUUGUAUUUUUGGAAGAAAUGAAUGGUUUGAUGGUCCUCCAACCCUGAGUACUCCACUGCCCAGGCUGCUGUGUGUGGCAGGUGUGAUCCUAGAACGGGUAUGUGUGUGAUGGUUAGGGCCUGGGCACAAGUGGGUGGUCUCAGCUGAGAUCUGGUCGCUUGGGGAGGUGGCUGCAGAAGGAGAGAGCCAAGUGUGCUGCUCCUACUCACUGGCCUGGGGUGCACCCGAAGUGGGCUGACUCAACUGACUUGGAUCCUUAUCGAUCCCAGUGUUGCAGAAGAGAAAAUGAAAG